AUGUCUGUCUUUCCCGCUACUGCCCCGGACUGGAAUAACCUCCAAGUUAUUCAUCGCAAUACCUUGCCGCCACGUCCCCACUUCUUUGUCUAUGACGACGAGCGCUCUGCUCUCAGUCGCGACACCAAAGAAGCGAGAACAAAAUGUCUCUCCGGCACAUGGAAGUUCAAUCUGUCCAAGACGCCCCUUGAAGGCCCAUCGCAUUUUUAUGCUCAAGACUUCGAUGCCUCCGGCUUCGAUGAUGUCAAAGUCCCUGGCAUGUGGCAGUGCCAGGGUUAUGGCGAGGGUCCACACUACGCCAACAUUCAAUACCCCUGGCCUGUCGACCCGCCCAAUGUGCCUCUUGAGUACAACGAGUGCGGAAGAUAUGUGACCAGCUUCCAUGUCACCGAGGAAUUUGUCAAGGACGCUCAGCUCCGACUGCGCUUUGAAGGUGUUGACUCAUCUUUCACAGUCUGGCUCAAUGGCGUGGAGGUCGGGUAUUCUCAGGGGUCGCGAAACCCAAGUGAAUUCGACAUCACCGAUCUAGUCGAGCUCGACAGGCCAAAUGGCAACAUUCUUGCAGUCGAGGUGUAUCAGCGCUGUGACGGCAGCUAUAUUGAAGACCAGGAUCAGUGGUGGCUAUCUGGCAUCUUCCGUGAUGUUUACUUGCACUCCUUUCCUAAAGUCCACCUUGUCGAUUUCCAAGUCGAGACAGACUUGGAUGACAAAUAUCAAGAUGCUGUACUCAAAGUAAAGAUUCAAAUGAACGCCGAAUCCGACGUUGAAAUAAAGCUACUGGACAGUGGCCGGGAGAUCAUUAAGGAUUUCAAGAAGCUCAAUGGUAAAGAACCCACGACUUUCGAGAUUCCUAUCUCUAAUCCCGUCAAAUGGACUGCUGAGACUCCAUACCUAUACGAUCUUGUCAUGGACUUUGGAAAGGUCAUCUCACAUCGAAUUGGCUUUCGGAAAACGGAGCUUCUUGAUGGCGUCUUCCAUAUUAAUGGCCAGCCAAUUAAGUUUCGGGGAGUUAACCGACACGAACAUCAUCCCGAUACAGGACGAGCCGUACCGCUAGAGUUCCUAAAGCAUGACCUCAAUCUCAUGAAGCUUCAUGGGCUAAACGCUAUUCGUAUGUCCCAUCAGAUCAAUGACUUUCGUCUAUACGAACUAGCAGAUGAGCUCGGUCUUUGGAUUCUCGACGAAGCCGAUCUCGAAUGUCACGGAUUUGAUGAGAUUGGACUAGAGAACCCGGCCAGCUACCUCUCUGAUAACCCGGAAUGGGAGGUGGCCUACGUUGAUCGCGCUAUUCAGAUGGUCCAGCGUGACAAGAACUUCACCAGCAUCAUCAUGUGGUCUCUGGGCAACGAGUCAUUCUACGGAAGAAAUCACCAGGCGAUGUAUGAUGCGAUUCGCCAAAUUGACAACACACGAUUGAUACACUAUGAAGGAGAUCAAGAGGCCAAAACUUCAGAUGUCUACAGCCGCAUGUAUCCACCCGUUAGUACGGUCAUCGACAUGGCCGAGAACGUCUGCGUUCAAACAAACAAGCCUUUAGUGCUGUGUGAAUAUAUCCAUGCUAUGGGGAACGGCCCAGGAGCCAUAAAAGAAUACAUUGACGCAUUCUAUCAAUAUCCCAGGUUGAUGGGCGGCUUUCUUUGGGAGUGGUCCAAUCAUGUAAGCCUAGCGUUCCUCGACGAGAAAAGCAAAUAUCACUAA